AUGAGCCAACCGGAUGCCGAGCUCAUACAUGAGCCGUAUUACCAUGGUAAAUUAUUUUUAUGUUUUUGUAUGGGCAUUGACAGUAACUUUCUUUACAAAACAGAAAAUGGCAAUAACUUUAUUUACAAAACAAAAAAUGGCAAUAACUUUCUUUACAAAGCCUGAAAUGGCAAUAACUUUCUUUACAAAGCUUAAAAUGGCAAAAACUUACUUUACAAAGCUUAAAAUGGCAAAAACUUACUUUCCAUGAUAAAAAUUUUCAAAUUAUUACAUCAAGAAUGACAUUUCAGGAUUUAUUACACGUGAAGAUGUGGCUCCGAUGCUAGAAAGAGAAGGCGAUUUCAUUGUCCGUUUGAGUGAACCAACUGGUGAAAACAAGCGCGGCUACGUGGUUUCAUCUUUGGUCUACUUGAUCAACAACGAGAAGACGGUAAGGACUUUCUUUACAAAACAAAAAAUGGCAAGAACUUUCUUUACAUACCCCAUUUUACAAUAACUUUCUUUCCAGAUCAAUCAUUUUGUGGUAAAAGAAGAAAACGGUCAAUUUGCCAUCGACAAGGAGUUCUUUGCGUCAAUUUCAGCCAUGAUCAAGUUCUACACUAAGACCGAGGAGCCAGUGAUUGCCAAUCCAUCAAAUCCACUCGAGACUGGCGUCCUGAGACGAGGCAUCGGCCGACAAUCGUGGGAACUCGACCAGUCGCUUCUUUUUGCCGGACCAGCCUUGGGUGAGGGCGCAUUUGGCGAAGUCCGAAAAGGCAAAAUCAAGCUGCCAAAUGGAGAGUUUGCCCACGUCGCCAUUAAGUACGCCAAGUCGGCCAGUAUGACCAAGACCAACAUCAAGGACUUUAUGAAUGAGGUGGGGUAGUUUUGAAUAGUUUUGGUUUUUGAGGCUUUUUAAAUUUCUUUAUAAACUGCACCGUGCAAGCCUCUUUGUAUGCUGAAGAAACCCCGAUUAUUCGAUCCCGUCCGAUCUGGCAAGUUAAGCAACGGUGCGCUUGAUUAUUCGGCACGGGUUCGAAUCCGCUUGGAGGAAAAGGCGUCUUUUCGUGGAUUUUGAUAGUGGAAAUAAAGUUUUUGUGAAUUUCAUGAUAAAAGAUGACUUUUAAAUUAUAUUUGUUAAAAUUUUGUUUUUUAAAAUACGAUUUUAGGCUUAUUUUUCGUAAAAAAUUCGAACCCCCUGGAGAAAAAGGCGUUUUUUGAGAGUUCGAGAAAGUGGAACGAAAGUUUUUGCCCAUUUUAUAAAAAAAUAUUGAUUUUGAAACAUCAUUUGAUAUAUUGUGAAGGUUAUUUGUAACGAAAGUUUUUGCAAAAUUUUGAUUUUUGUGUUUUUUAACCUUUGAAACACUUGAUUUUGACUAAAAAUUUUUUAAAAAGGCCCCAACCUUGAUUUUUUUGCUAAACUAAAUUAUAUUUCAUCCCUUUCCAGGCCAGAAUGUUGCGACAAUUUGACCAUCCGAACAUAAUCAAGUUCUAUGGCGUAGCCGCGACCGAAGAACCGCUGUUAUUGGUGAUGGAAUUGGCCGAUGCAGGCUCGUUGACCGGGGUCUUGAAGAAGGGGUCGCCACGCCAUUUUUAAUUGUACAGUUGUGCUACGACGCUAGUCAAGGCCUGGACCACAUCCAUAAAAAGAAUAUUAUUCAUCGCGACAUUGCGGCGAGAAAUUGUCUGUGUAGUGGCGGAUCGGUCAAGAUUAGCGACUUUGGAAUGGCACGGCCUGGACCGGUUUAUCGACUGGUCGAUGAGAAGGCCAAGGUGCCGAUUAAAUGGUGGGUGAUGUUGUUUGUUGUUGUUUUUUAAACAAGAUUAAAAAUUUUAAAAAGCAUGUUGAAAUGACACAUUUUUUUGAAUUUUUUAAACACUGUCAAAAUUUGAAAAAUAACCUUUAGGCUAGCCCCCGAAGCCAUGGGCGAGUUUGUCUACUCCUACCCCACCGAUGUCUGGGCCUUUGGCCUCCUCUGCUGGGAAAUGUACACGAAGCAAGAGCCAUAUAACCAUGUCAGUGUAGCGGAUGUGAUCAAAAAAGUGAAAAAGGAGAAGAAACUCUUAUCCUUUCCGAAAGAAACCCCACAAGAAAUGGCCGACAUUAUCAUCAAUGGCUGUUGGUCUUACAAGCCGGAGAAGCGGGCGAGUAUGCAUCAGAUCGGGACACUGCUGGCCGAAUUGCUCAAGGUGUACAAGACCAAGCCGGAGACGGUGGGUUUUUUGACUUUUUUUUUGAAUUUAGGUAUUUGAAAAUUCAAAAAGAUUUCAAAAAAUGUGGGGUAAGAUUUGGCAUUCUUUUUUGUAAAAAAUAAGUCAUAAUGACGGAUCUUUUGGAAAAUAUGUCAUAUGACGAAUUUUUCACAAUUUUAAAAAAAUUUGCAAAAAUCAAACUUGAUGAUGUUUUAUCAACAUCCCAACGUGGCAUACGCUCGUUAAAAACAUGUCAUCAUAACAUAUUUAAAAAUAUGUCAUGAUGACAUAUUUUUUUCGAAAAGAAAUUGCCAUUUCAAAUUAAACCUGCCAUUUCAGCCACAACAAGAUUCGAAAAUCGGAAAUGCACUAUCACUAAUAGGCCAAUCUCAAUGCACACCAAGCGCCAGUCCAGCCGCACCCACCAACAGCAAGUCCAAAAAGAGAAAGCAGACCAAGAACAAGAAAAAGAAAAAGAUCAUUAGAAUGCUGAUUUUGGCCAAUAAAUAUUUUUUAGCUUUGAAUUUUGAAUUAUUUUGUUAUUUUGAAAUGCAUUUUCUUCGAUGCGUAUUUUACAAAACAGUCAUGAUGACACAUUUUUUGAAAAUAAAUGUCAUGAUGACCAGGGCCGGGCGCGAGGGUACAAAAAAUAUAUGUCAUUAUGACAUAUUUUAUGGAAAACGCGUCAUGAUGACAUAUUUUUAGGCAAUAACAUGUACGAACCAAUACCAUUACAACAGCAAUACCAACUUUAA